AGCCUGAUUCCAGGGUAUGGAACCUUCAACUUCACGGUCAGAAUUUCUUGGAGAGCCAGUUCUUUUUCACCCUUUCCAUGGGGAAAACAUCGAGUUACUCGAGCAUAGGCGGCGAGCACUCCGCCGUGUCAGCUUUGAAAAGGGUAUUGUGUUCUCGGAACGAGCUCUUCUAGAAGGCGAAUGUUUCUUUAUAUCCAUCGAAGGCGUGGAGGGAGGAUGGUCAGGACAUCUGAGGAUUGGGCUCACUACGUUGGACCCUGAGACGAGACCUACUCUGAGAAAUCUUGAGUCGCAUUCAUGGCUGUUCUCUGUUUCUCCAUUUAUCGUUCCGUUUCCAAAUCCAGUGACCACUAGGUCAUUGCCUACCGAGAAAGGUUCUCUAAUCGGUGUUUAUUACGAGAAAAGUGGUGGGACGCCUAGAAUCCACGUUGUGCUAAACGGCUUUGAUAUCUGCCCUAACUUUGGUACAGUUCCCGCCGAUCAACUAUUUUUCGCUGUAGUCGAUGUUUUCGGGAGUACAAAAGAGGUACGUGUUGUGUUUCCCGGACCUCGAGUGCCUGCACGUCUAUACACUCUGUGUUCGGAUCGAUUACGAUGUCUAUACAAUGAGAGGAAGUGUUCUUUGUCAAGGAAACACAUGACACUCCUUACUAUGGUUGGGAGGGGGUACGAUAGUCGCAAUCGUUAA